CAGAGUGGACCAUUUUUCCUACUUAAGACUCGAGAAGUUUGGACUUAAGGAAAGGAGUCGCUCGUCACAUAUCUUCUUCCUACCACGAUAGCAAUGGCAGCAAUAAGCUCAACCCUCUUUCACUUUCUUCUUCUGUUUUCAUUCGGUACCAUGGCUUCUGCAGCCAUUUUUACCGUUCAGAAUCAAUGCAGCUACACAGUGUGGCCUGCAAUUAUCUCGGAAGAUGGUCCCACCCUUGGGGACGGCGGGUUUACCUUGGCACCGGGAAAAUCGGUCCAUCUCACGGCCGAACCAGGCUGGUCAGGCAGACUCUGGGCCCGUACUGGGUGCGACUUUGACGUCUCUGGCAACGGUACAUGCCUCACCGGUGAUUGCGGCUCGCUGAUUUGCGCCGGAGCCGGUGAAACACCCGUCACUAUAGUCGAGUUCACCAUCGCUUCGGGAACCACAUACAAUGACUUCUACGACGUCAGCCUGGUCGACGGCUACAACGUCGGGAUUGGGGUCAAGGCAACCGGUGGUACCGGUGACUGCCGGUUCGCGGGCUGCGUUGCCGACUUGAACGGCCAUUGCCCGCCCGACUUGCAGGUGAUUAGUUCCGGGUCGGUGGUAGCUUGCAAGAGUGCGUGCGAGGCAUUCAAGGAGGCCCAGUUUUGUUGUACGGACGAUUACUCGACUCCACAAACUUGCUCACCGACGCAGUACUCGGAGUUGUUCAAGAAAGCCUGUCCGACUGCGUAUAGCUAUGCUUACGACGAUGAUUCCAGUACUCUCACUUGCUCCGGGUCGGAUUAUAUGAUCACAUUUUGCCCCCCAACCUAAGUCGUGAUGGUUUGUUAGGAACCGGCUAGAGAAGGGAAAGAGACGAUGGAACCCGAGCUUACGAAGUGAAGAUGCCGAAAUGCUGUGUCGAUGAGAGGAAAGGAGUAUAAGAGGAGACGAUGUAGUUUGAAUGGUAGCGUAAGACGCUGCGUUUUAUGGGAGUUGAAGCUGUCCGUUUUGGAAUAAUUCAAGAAUUGAAGCUGUGCAUUUUGGAGAGUCAAAGUUGUGCGUUUUACUAAGUUUUACAGUUUACGUGUCGGUCAUUUUCGGUCUUUCCUUUAGUCAUUUUACUCUUUGCACUUUUAUGUUUUGGGUUUGUUUAUUGUUAUGGGGAUGCUGGGCGUUUUGUUAAAAGGGGAAUUAAGUGCCGAAAUUGAUGUGCAUAUAAUCUAGUGCAAUGUGCAGCUUCCAAAACCUCUUUGGAAGCAUGCCCAUUUCCACCAUUUCCCCUGCAUUUGAUCAUUUCUGGCAAGGACCUCCUAUUAAUUAUUUGUAUGCUAAGCAUUUUGUCAA